CAUACCUUCGUAGUAAGCCGCCAUGUUAAAUUUUCAAACACAGAAGUAGGAAGUGUUCAGAUAAAAUAAAAACAGAAGCAUCAUGAAGGUCGUGUAUCUGUGUGUUAUCUUGUUAAAUUUUCCAUCAUUAUCAUCAUCAGAGAACUUGCAAAUUCAAGUCCAACCAUCAACUGUAAUAUUAGGACAAAAUGAUCUUGUUGUAACCUGUUCCACCAUCAGCCCAACACAAAUUGAUACAGUGUAUACCAUACAGCUGAAAAAAAACAGUACUGGCUCAAUGGUGAAUGUGGCUACUGUGCGUUCAAGUAACGGUCAAGAUACUAUAUCAUGGCAGGACACAAAUUUACAAAACAGAGCAACAGCAACAGGUAGUGUCAGCUCACCUGCUACAGCUCAGCUGAAGUUAACAAUUCCUAAAGACAGGGUGCUAUGUCCUCUGGAUUUCACUGGAUACAUGUGUCAAAUGUCUGCAUAUACAACUGCUUCAGUUAAUCAAGACACAAAUCAGGUGUAUGUCACUUACACAGUCAAUCCAACAACCAUUGAUAUGCCAACUGUGAGGAUACUAGGUGAAUUUACCAACACACCAUCAAGACAGUUUCCAGUAGGGACAGCUAUACAGCUGACAUGUAACGGACAGAUUGGUGGUGAACCAAGUGCUACAAUUCGAUGGUGCUCAAAGAAGUCUCAAGAUUUUAGCUUCACCGGGUUACCACAGACCCCAGUCCACUCAGAGGCCACAAUGUCCUCUAACUGUCAAUACACCCGUUCCAGUACCAUCACCUAUAACCUCACCAAUGAUGACACCUACACACAGUUCCUGUGUGAGUCUGGUUAUUCUCCUCUCUGUGAAACGGGAACAGCAAAACAGUAUCUGAAUAUAACAUUGGAGGGGAAUUCAGGAACACCUGUUUCCCGGACUCAAGAAGAAACUAGUGAUGCAGGGAUCAUAGCUGGGGCUGUGAUUGGAGGACUAGCGUUCCUUAUUCUUGUUAUCCUCCUUGUCUAUUUCCUGGUGCUCCGCAGAAAAACGGAUGGAGAAACUUCAUCACCCCCCACCGACAGAACAAAAGAAGAUGUACCAGGAUACAAUGGACCAGCUAACCCAGAGGGACCAGUUUACAGUGUUCCAGUCAAGGACCAUCCCCCUGAGAGACAGGAGUUGUUAGACGAGAGGGAAGAUAGUGAUCACCAUGGUAAUGGCACGGCAACACAGGAGGAGCCACGAAGGGAACUCCACUAUGCUGACCUUGACAUAGCCACACAACCCCCAGGGACCAGGGUCAAACCUCAGCCCAAACCGCGAGCGGAAAUCACCAAUACAGAAUACGCAAGUGUUUCGUUCGGUAGCACUGUCCACGUAAAAAACAUCCACGAGACCAUGAGGAUGAUAGCCACAGAAGGCCUCGUAGGGGACACGAAAAUGAAGGACUGGAUGACGAACAUACGGAUAAGCGAUCAGUGGAUGAGGACAACAAAUAUGAAAACCAUGGUUACACCAACAGGGUGAUGAACGACUAUAAUGAUGGUGAUGUCAUGCCGCGCGGAGGACAAGGAUUCGGGUCAGCAGUUUAGUGUAGAGUUCGAGUGACAGCCAUGAACAACUUUUUUGCCAUUUUAGACAAGGGGAAUAUGCCUGGCCAGAAAUCAUCUACAGAUAGAUAACCUGGAGAAUAACUUGACUAUCUAUGCAGACACAAAUAUGCCUUCACCUCCUCCCCUGUUAUAAUGUAUCCUGCUGGCGGCCAUUGUUACCAUGGUAGACUUAUUCACAAAAUACAUGUAGUUACUCGGUAGAUAAUUCUGAUUUGUUAUCUAAUCAAGGUUUUUUGUACUGUGAUGGAUUCAAAUAGCCGAUCAUUUUUACUGGUGGUUUUGAAAUAUGAUAAAAUAUUUCAAAUUGAUUAAAAAUUAAAUAUUUAGCUUUACAAAUAUGUAGCCUCUAUAAGGGUGAUAUGAUUCUGAAAAAAAUACACUUUGUAUGACUUAAGAUUUUCAUUUCUAAAUAAUAUAGAAAUUUAAAUAAGAAAUUGUAAAAGGGUUUUAAAAUUUUUAUUUAGUAAACCAAGUCUUGAAGUGAAUUACAUCAGUAAUAAUAACAAUGUGCAAUAAUUUACAGUGGAUAGGUUGUGCUUGUAAGAGCUAAUCAACAGCAUACCAUGUCUGGAGCUUCAACAGAACAAAUGGGCAUUGGAAAAAAAAUUACAGAAAUUAGAUGUAAAUGUAAUUUAGCUAAUUUUUAAAGUGUUCUUCUGGAAAUUAGUGAAAUUGCCUCAUUUUAAUUUUCAACUCUUGUGCAUUAUGUCUUGCCCCUCUAUGUGAUACAUCAUCAGAAUCUCUGUUUGUAGGAGUUUACAAACACUAAAAAUCUGACUCUGUGUGUCUCAAAAGUGUAAGACAAGGAUCAUCAUUUUUAACUAGUUCAUAGCUGCAUAACAUUUUUUGCUUAGGAAUAACUUAAAGAAUGUUUUCAGAAUCAUUUGGAUAGAAAAGGGGUGAAAAAAUUAAAAAUACAAGUUGUAGAACAUUUGCAUAUUUAAAUGAGAGUUGAUGAAUGGAUGAAAAUUAUGCUGAGAUUUAGUACAAAGUUCUCAUCUGUGUGGACACAUUCUUGAUGUAUUACAGAAUAGCAGUCAUAGAAGUUUUCUACAUUAUUUCUUCUUAUUGUGAUGAACAAGUGCUUUGAUUCUUUUGAUAGAAACUACUCUACAGCCUACCUCGGUAGUAUUUGUCAUAGCAAAAUAUUUGGGAUACAUCUUCUGUGUUGUACUUUAGUUCUUCUUUGUAGCUAUUUCCUAUAUCUAAAACAUAUAAGGUAUUUGGGUAAUUGAUGUAUAAUUUUUUUUUUCAAGUAAAUGUUGAUAAUUUUUUAGAAUGUCAAAAUGACAUUAAUUUUAUACCCUCUUAGUUACUGUUUGGAGAAAGUGGUACAUGUGAUAUUAUUUAUCUUGAUUGUUUCUGAUGAUACAAGUGCAGCUUCAUUGUUAAAUUAUGGUACAUUCCUUGCGCCACUUAGUCAAGUCAUUCCAUGAAAUAAUAUUUUCCAUCAGUUGUCAGGUUGUGUUUAAAAAAAAAACAUCCAUGUACAAUUUUGUAUUGUUACUGUUAGGUCAUAAAAAUGAUUGUUUUCUUUUUAAAUAGUUUUUUUUUUGUAAAUCCAUAUAUGUAUAUUUUUUGUAAUUAUUACCUUUAUUUUUUACAGAUCAUCAAAUGAUUUUUUAUAUAUAUAUACAAAUGUUGUGUGAUUGUGUCUUAAACUUGGUGAUUUUACUGUUACAUUUUAGUCGAGACUGACAUUGUGUAUGUGCCAUGCUCACUAGCCCAUUUCACAAUUUACUUCCCGUGUAUCUGAGUUAGCAGAAAAUUACUGGUAUUUAGUUAGUUGUACGAGUAUAUUUUGAAAAAAAUAAUUAGGUCAAUUGUUACUACAGCUUCAUAUUUACCUCAGCAGUUUGAUAGGCAUUUUUUCCCGAACCUAUAACAUUACAAAACAGAAAAAUUGGAUUAUAGAAACAUUUGGCUUUUUUGGCUACAAACUUUUAUUCUUGAAUGAAAUCUUGUGAAUCCAGUGCUAUAUAUGUGUGUAUUUUCAUUUAUGAUGUAAACUGAGAAAAUUUUAGCUUUAUAAUUUCUGUAGAUGGAAAAUAGAUAACUAUAAUAGCAGUUCAAUAAAUAUUGACUAUGUACAUACACUUAUGAUAACUUUCGGUGUAAGAUUGUGAUUAAGUCCACCAAUUUCUUGUAAAGACAUAAUUUCUGUGAUCAUGACUCAUGUGGUUCAAUCAAAACUUUUUUUAUACCCAGUCUUAAUUGAGGAGUUACUUGAAAUUCUGCCUUCAUUUUAGAUUUGAAUUGUUAUUUCUAAUGAUAACACUUACCGGUAAUUAAUGUUAAUCGCUUGAAACCAAGUAUACAUAUCUAUUUCCUCUGAAAUAUAUAUAUCUACUAAUAAAACUU